UGUGUAGGUUUUGCAUGUGUCAGUCACACAGGUGAGGGGGGAGGGGAAGAAUCUUUGCUGGUUGUAAGCCUUAGUUAGCCUUUUGAUCUUUCCUUCUUAUUAGGCUGGGGAAACAACACUGUUCCUUAGCGAUUGGUCAGACUAAUCCUCCUGAGCACUGUCAGCCGUUAACCAUGUGAACAGAUUAGACCGUGGGGUUGUGCUGGACAGGCUCCAGCUGGGGAUUGUGUUGCUGUUCUCUCGCCGCUGGCCUCCUGCAGUGUUCAGGAGUUUCAAAUCGAAUGUAGCCUUCGGCGUUUGGGUCAGAGGGAGACAGACAGAAGGAGAAGGCAGGAGGGCAAAUUAAAGACAACAAAAAAUACAAACCAAAUCUUCAACAUUUUGCUCACAAGCAGACUGAAGAAUGUGGAGAAAUAAGCAUAAAGGACUAAAAGAUUCUGACUCGGAGGAUGACAAGCCGCAGGAAGUGUCGAAGAGCAAGGACCCUUUGCUUCCAGAAGAGACUACGAGUUCUGUGUCUCAGCUUGCUACGAAGGAUAGAAGUGGUCAUUCGGUCCACCAUACUUGGAGCAGCUCUUUAAAACAGAAAGCUGGAGGGAGAAGAGGGAAAGUAGCUGGGGAGAAACCUGGAAAUGUUCAAGGAGCAAGUCUAAAAGGUUGGAAAGAAGUAACCUCACUUUUCAAUAAGGAUGAUGAGCACAAACUGCUGACUGACAGUGAACCCAAAUGGUGUCUGCAGAAUCGAACAUUUGCUUCAUCCUGUGCUGUUGGUUGUAAAUGGCUUCCUCCACAUAUACUUCGAAAGCAAAAGUUUCCACCUGGGACCACAGUCAAACUAAAAGAAGAAGUGAAAAUGGAGAAGAAAUCUAGUUUCUGGGACAGUUUAGGAAUUAAACAAAAUUCUGCCAGCAAGAUUCCCACAGAGGAUGAGGUUUGGGAUCCACAGGUAAAGGUGGAGAACCCUUGCAGCGGUCUGACUGAUUCCAGUACCUGGUCUGACUGGGCAAGUGAGACUUGUGGCAGUUCCAAAUACACUAGCCUGGACAGUGAAACAAACACAGGUGGCUCCAAAUGGAGCAUUAUGACAGCAGGGAAGCUGCCCGGAAUCAGGAGACGUAGCAAAGGAAAUCUGACUGACUGCUGGGAAGAGAUAGAGUGAUAUUUGGUUGUCUGUCUUAAUGUUAAUCCAAGGUUUAGUUUGCACCAUUCUUCACUUCUUGUAUUUAUAGUCAUGCUUUCUAUGAAUGUUUUCGGAGUCAACAUUUUGUUUCAAAUUCUAAGAGAUUUUGUGCACUUGUGAAGAAAUCGCUGUCUGAUCAGCAUUCCAUUUUAAUUAAGUGUAAGAGUUGAUAACCUCCUUUCUGUUUGUGCCAUAAUUAUUCCAAUACAUGUAAGUACACAUUUUCAUUCAGAAGACCUUUCAUAGUAAAUUGGUCCCUUAGUAUUCAUUAUUUGUGACUCUCCGACAUCAGCUUAACUGAGUGCCUAAAUAUAGUUAUAUAUAUUAAUAUUUUAUCUCACGUUUAUCGAAAGAAAACAAGUUCUCACGACCCUUUCUGUACCUUGUAAAGGAGGUGCUGGAACGACUACUAAUGGUACAAGUGAUAUUGCCUUUAGUUGAAGGAAGAAACCACUAUUUUUGCUCCUCCUUCCCAAGUGUAACUGUUAGUCUGUGUGAGGAGAUAAAAUUCCAUUCAGUCAUUGAAUUCAAAUGAUCGUUGCAGCUUGAAUUUGUAUGGAAGCCAGUGUCUUUCCAGCACAGGGUGUCGUUCUGGGCCAAAUGUGCCUCACAUUAUUAUCUUAUUUUGGCAAGCAUUCUAGAGCAACCCAGUGCCCAGUUACAACAGACACCACUGUGUGAGAUAGUUCAUGUGAGUAAUCCAAAAAUCUUCAGUUCAAUUUGUGCUGUGUUGGUAAUGUCAUUGGACUUGUAAUCUAGAGCCCCCAUGUUUUGGGGACAUGGGUUUGUAUCGCACUAUGGCAGGUAAUAUUUGCAUGCAAUAAAAAUCUGGCGUUAAAAGCUGCUGUAAUGAUGACUAUGUAAGUAUUGUCAAUAGAACCCAUCUGGUUUUCUAAUGUCCUUAGGGGAAGGUAAAUCCUUAACUGGUAUGACCUGCAUGUGACUCCAGAUCCACAGCAAUGUGACUGAGUCUUAACUGCCCUUCAGGUACUUAAGGACAGACACCAGCCAGUGAUGCCAACAUGCAUUUUUUUAAAAGCCCUGGCCAGUGAUAUUAUGUGUUAUAUACCUUUUUUCUAUUUUUACAAAUGUCAAUUUUAUAGCCUCUCACCUGAAGAAACUAGCUUCUGUUUAGAUACAGUAGUAGUGUUCUUCAUACAGUUUCAUGAUGUGAAUGUGAAGAAUGAGGGUUCUUGAUCAUGAGAAUUGUUAUAAAUCCAAAUCCCUACUCCCAAGGACGUUUGCAUGCUUCCAACAAAAGAAUAGGAAUUAAAGCUAAGUUGUUUCUUUAAUCACAAUUGGAGACAUUGCGUCUAAUUGUAUAACACUGAAUUACAUCUCAAUAAAGAACAGCAACAGAACAGUAAUGCAGAGUGUGUACUGAGGUAGUGAAUAUGGCAAAGGUGCAAAGGAGACAUUUGUUCAAAGAUGGUUUCUGAACUGAACUGUACUCCAAACAAGGUAUUUUCCAAAACAUCUUAAAAAUAUGUUAACGGCUGUAGAUUGUAACCAGAUUUUAUAAAUAGGUGCCUCCAGGUUUACACAUGCCUUUCUAUGACUGAAAAUCUGUUUCAUAUUUUGUCUUAAAUCUUUUGUAUAAAAUCUCCAACAAUUUGUUUUGUGUGUACAAAUUGUUAAUGAAGUACAAUUAGAGAAACACUGGACUAGACUAAUAGUUCAUGUAAUAAGCUGCUGACAAAGUAGUUUUAUGAAAGGAUUCCAGCACCUAUUUUAGGCGUCAUUAAGGGUCAACUGUAUUAAAUUUCUCAUGGUUCUCUCUCCUUUUUAAAUUUGGAUUGCGUAAAACUAAUUAUGAAAUUAGAAAGAAAAUGUUUAUGAAUGAAGUGAAAAAGUAGUUUCUCAUGAUAAGGGUGUUAAAAACUUGGAAGUUCCUUUCUCUUCCCACUUUCAAUUCUCCCCAUCCACAUCACUCAUAAAUCUGUGCUCAUUUUGCCAAUCAACAUGUUCAGUUUGAGAUUGAUAAAUUUCUGGAGUUUAAGGUAUUACAGGUUAUAAUGUAAAUGUGAGUACAUUGAGUUUGAAGCAUAGAUCAGCCAUGUUCUAAAUUAGCUACAGAGAUUGAAUUAUCUGCUGCUUUUGCUGUAAGUUUCCUGUGUCAAGUAGUGACAACACUGGGUUCAGUUGCGAUAAAUGCUCUUCAGGUUGGCUUAGCCUUCUCAUACUCUGUAACAAAUUUUGGGCAUGGCCUGACACUCAUGGAACCAAACCCCAACAAGGAAGCACCCAAACAAUGGAGGAUGUUCAUGGUCGCCUUUUUUCAAGUCGAUUAUUCUGGAAGUGUGCUAUAGUUCCUAAAUUAGACUUAAGCAGGAGAUUUUUGCAUGUCAGCUGUGUGGUGCUAGUGUACUUUGUGGUACUGUCUGCAAAAAAUAUUUCUGAUAUGAUGCAAGUACCAGUGGCUGGAGAGUAUCUUAGUUCACUAAUGGAUUGAAAUAAAUUCCAAACGUGAAUUAAAAACGCAUAACCAGGCAUAUGCUACAGAAAAUGUAGUUCAUUGAAUCGUUUGCAAAAUUUCAUAAAAUGAAUGAGCAAAAACAUAGAAAUGAAGUGUUAUAGCUCUUAAUGUUUCAAUUACAGCUUUGAAAUCUGACCAUUUUAAAUAAGAUCUUUAAUCAUUGAAGUUUUGCUAUUUGUGUUAUUAUGUAGGGUGGUCAGGUUUCAAGGUUCAUUGCUCCAUUAGUUAGAAGCAUGUUAUUACGAUUAAAGUAUAAAUAACCAAGUAGUGAUUUUGAUUUAGGAAGGAAUGUAAGAAAAUAAUUUUAAAGCAAUGAGUCAUUCAUUAGGUGUUGCCUCUGAUAAGACUGCUAAAAAGUUAGCCCUACCCCAGUAUCUACUUAAAAUAUUGCUGGAAGACUGAUUCUGUGCUGGAGGGGGAAAAAAACUACCAGAAUUUUGCCAUUCUUCAGUGAAGUAUAGUUGGCACAUGAUGAUAGGAGUACAAAAUUGUUUUGUUAAAUACCAUCUCAGGGUGAUAAUACACUUUAAUGUUUAGAAAGGUCACUCUUUUGACAUGCUAUCAGGUAGUGCAAGCUUCGAGAUGGAUCAACAUUUCAAUGUGUGAAACCUUUCAAGAUUCUUGGUUUUCUGCAAGAUCAUUGCUUGAUUUUCUAACACAAACUUUUGUUACUUUUUGUCUGCUUACAGGUCAAACAAUGCUGCCAAAGUAAUUUAAUACACAAAUGAAAUAUAUUUCUAAUUGCCAGAUCAAAAUUUCUGGUAUACAUACUAUAUACUUUACUGUUUAUUUGUAAACUGAACAAAGGCAGACAUAAUAAAUAAAUAUAACUAUGCAAUACCUGUGGUAUCGUUUGGACAUUUGCCUUGUUAAACUUUAAAGGUGGGAGAAUCAUUUUCUUUUAAUACAUUGUUGUUAUAAAUGUAUCUUUGUGACCCAAUGAGAGAUUUUCCAUCUGAACAUGAAAAUAUUAUUUAAUGCAAGGCUUCUCACUUGGUAAAUGAUAAGUACUCUCAUUUGAUUUUGAUGUGUAACUUUAAAAACUGAAAGCAGAAGACAUUUCAUAUUGAGAGUUGAAUUUGAAACUUGAUUCAUAGUUGGCACCUUGUUUUCUCUGGAUGCAUUUUUUUGGCCAGACAAUACUGCUCUACAUCAAUAAAAUAUUAUUACAACAACA